GUUUGAGACAUAUUCUCAGAGUCUGGUGCUUUGCGCCUGUUAUUUAAGAGCUCUGACGUCGUGAUGAACAUACAGAUGAUCAGUUCCACGAGAAAAUGCAUCGCAGCGAUGAGCUCGAACCUUUAGUCUGUUACGCCGACGCGAAAUGAGGUGUAAUUCCUCCAAAAUGUGACACGGCACCAGCGCAACGGGCUCACGGUUGGACAGCCGAGGUGUCAUCGAUCUGACCUGAUAUGAUCGUUGAUAAAUAACGCGGCGAGAUGGAUCCCUUCUCUGUUUCUCUUUCGUGACGAGCUGGGGAGUCAGGCGGAACUGAGCAGCGCGAGCACUGGCCCAUGUACCGGGGGAACGGCAGCGUGACAGCGGCCCGGGAGCUGCAGCGGCGGCGGAGGUCUUGAGAUCCGUUCCUCCGGGUUUUACGCAGCGAGGCGCGGGGAACGAUGGGCUGCGCUCCCAGCAUUCACGUCUCGCAGAGCGGGGUGAUCUACUGCCGCGACUCUGAUGAGUCCAACUCGCCGCACCAGACCACUACUAUCUCGCAGGGCACCGCGACCACCCUGCACGGCCUCUUCAUCAAGACCGACGCGGCGGAUACCAUCCCCUCCGUGAUCGCGUACCAGAGCAGGCACACACGGACCAACUCUCACCGAGAGCGGAGAGAGAACAGCGGCGGACAGAUGUGUACAGAGGCCGAGACCCAGACCAGCAGCACCAGCGUCAAGGUGUCUGGUGCUGAGGAGCGUUUGGGGCCAAUGCGACUGAGCCAGGAGCCCAUACAGGUGUUACUGGUCUUCGCCAAAGAGGACAGUCAAAGCGAUGCCUUCUGGUGGGCGUGCGAGAAAGCCGCUUUCAGGUGCAACAUCGCACGCACACCUGAGUCUGCGCUCGAGUGUUUCCUGGACAAACACCAUGAGAUCGUCAUCAUCGACGGACGAUAUCCGCGAUACUUUGAGGCCGAGGCCAUCUGUCGGAUGAUUCAAGCAACCAAGCCGUCUGAACACACAGUUAUUUUGGCAGUGAUACCCCAAACUCCGUCAGAUCAGGAGGAACCAUCUGUCCUUCCUCUUCUCUCUGCUGGCUUCUCCAGACGGUACCUGGAGAACAGCAGUGUUUCAGCCUGCUAUAAUGAGUUAAUCCAGCUGGAGCACGGAGAGGUUCGGGCUCAGUUCAAGCUGAGGGCUUGUAACGCUGUGUUUACUGCACUAGAACAGUGUCAGGAGGCCGUGGAGAUCAGCAGUGAAGAUCAUGUCAUACAAUAUGUAAAUCCAGCGUUUGAAAAGAUGAUGGGUUAUCAUCGAGGAGAACUGAUCGGUAAAGAGCUGACCGAACUGCCCAGGAGUGACAAGAACAGCGCCGACCUGCUGGACACCAUCAACACCUGCAUCAAGAAAGGAAAGGUCAGACGGGGCAUCUAUUUCUCAAGGAGGAAGUCAGGGGACAGUAUUCAGCAAUAUGUCAGAAUCACUCCUGUGGUUGGCCAGGGAGGAAAAAUCCGUCAUUUCGUGUCCAUAAAGAGGCCUUACAGUGACAACCACAGACAGGUUCAUAAGCUGAGCAAAGAAGAGAAAUGCUGUGGCGAACACUCGCAAUCAGAAUGCAACUCCUUGCGUCACAAGGACCGGAGGAAAGAGUCUGUGGACGUCAGAUCUAUCAGCUCUCACAGCAGCGACGCUCCCAGUCUACAGAACCGCAGAUAUUCCUCAAUGGCCCGAAUCCACUCAAUGACGAUUGAGGCUCCGAUCACUAAGGUGAUAAAUAUCAUUAAUGCCGCGCAGGAGAGCAGUUCAGUGACGGUAGCGGAAGCUCUGGAUCGUGUUCUGGAGAUUCUGCGGACCACUGAACUCUACUCACCCCAGCUGGCCUCAAAAGAGGACGAUCCCCACACCAAUGACCUGGUCGGGGGACUCAUGAGUGACGGACUCAGAAGGCUCUCUGGGAAUGAGUACGUCUUCUCCAAAAGUGCUUUACAAAACAUGAGUCAGAGUCAGCUGGGAGUGCCCGUCCCGCUGAAUGACAUCCCGCCGUCCAUAGCAGAGCUGCUGAAUGAAGAGGAGCAGUGGGAAUUCAGCAUCCUGGAGCUGGAGGCAGCCACACACAAGAGGCCACUAUCAUACCUGGGUCUGAAGAUCUUCUCUGCAUUUGGGGUGUGUGAGUUUCUGAACUGCUCAGAGUCCACGCUGCGCUUGUGGCUGCAGGUGAUCGAGACCAACUAUCACUCCUCUAACUCCUACCACAACUCCACACACGCCGCAGACGUGCUGCAUGCCACCGCUUACUUCCUGCGCAAGGACAGAGUCAAGGCCAGUCUUGACCAGCUGGAUGAAGUUGCCGCUCUGUUAGCUGCGACGGUUCAUGACGUGGAUCAUCCGGGCCGCACAAACUCGUUCCUGUGCAACGCGGGCAGUGAAUUGGCCAUUCUGUACAACGAUACGGCCGUCCUGGAGAGUCACCAUGCUGCUCUCGCCUUCCAGCUCACCGUACGGGACAGCAAGUGCAACAUCUUCAAGAACAUGGAAAGGACUCAGUUUCGGACACUACGGCAGGCCAUAAUCGAUAUGGUGUUGGCAACAGAAAUGACUCGACACUUCGAACACGUCAAUAAGUUCGUCAACAGCAUCAACAAACCCAUGAGUGCCAUAGAAGAGACAAGUUCCAAUAGUGAAGGCAGUGAUUGUGAGGGUCAGGCCAGUAUUCGUAACUCUCCUGAGAAUCGGCUACUGAUUAAACGAAUGCUGAUUAAAUGUGCGGAUGUGGCCAAUCCCUGUCGACCCCUGGAGCUCUGCAUCGAAUGGGCCGGUCGCAUUUCAGAGGAGUAUUUUGCUCAGACUGAUGAGGAGAAAAGACAGGGUUUGCCGGUUGUCAUGCCAGUGUUUGACAGGAACACCUGCAGCAUUCCUAAAUCCCAGAUCUCCUUCAUCGACUAUUUCAUCACAGACAUGUUUGAUGCAUGGGAUGCCUUUGCCAGUUUGCCAGAUCUGAUGGAGCAUUUGGCAGAGAACUACAAAUACUGGAAGAACUUGGAUGAGAUGAAAUGUAAAAGCCUUCGGCCUCCGCCUCCUCCAUGACCCUCCUGAUGCCCUUACCCCUGAGGUCAAAGGUCAGAGGUUACGCUGUGAAUGUAGCAUCUCUGUCAGGCCUCUAGGUUUCCGUCCACUGAACACAGAUCAGCAGCCCUGUUUCCACAUCUAGCGACAAUCGCCCGGUAACGAGGGUAAAACACAAACAAAUGACAAAACGAAUGCACUUUAUCAGCAUACAGUCCUCUUCCAGCAUCUUUCACUUU